CUCAAUGCAGGAUUACAAAAGCGCGCGCGUGCCGCUCACAACGCCUCAUCACUCGGCUGGACGGGCUGGUAGUAAUAGUGAUUGCUGCGCCUAGACGCCAGUCGCCGCAGAAGAAAAGAAGCGCUACGACCACCGCAGCUUGGGCAAAAGCUAGGCAUCAGCAGCCAUCUAAAACGCUAGCCGCACGCAUCGCACCACAGCGAGAGCCAUGGCCAGCCAAGUCUCAAAAACGCGGCCAGAAAACGUGGGCAUCGUCGCCAUGGAGUGGUACAGCCCGCAGACCUACGUCGCGCAGACGUCAUUGGAGAAGCAGGACGGCUGCGACGGGAAAUACACGGUCGGUCUCGGCCAGCAGCAGAUGGCCUUCGCCGAUUCAAGGGAGGACGUCGGGAGUUUGCUAUUGACGGCCUGUGCGCGGUUGCUCGAGAAUUAUAAGAUAGAUCCCAAGUCUGUGGGAAGACUAGAGGUCGGCACGGAAACGUUAAUAGACAAGUCCAAGUCCGUCAAGACGUCUUUGUUACGGUUGUUUGAAGGCAACCCGAACAUGGAAGGAGUGACGUCCGUCAAUGCUUGUUAUGGUGGCACGGCAGCUUUGUUCAACAGUGUAGCGUGGGUCGAGUCGUCGGCCUGGGACGGGAGGUAUGCCAUUGUCGUUUGUGGGGAUAUCGCCGUGUAUGAAAAGGGACCGGCGCGGCCGUCGGGCGGUUGUGGAGCAGUAGCUCUAUUAAUUGGGCCGGACGCGUCCUUAGUGCUCGAGCCACAACGAACAACACAUGCCUUAGAUUGCUGGGACUUCUACAAACCGAAGGGUGGAGAAUACCCGUUAGUUGAUGGCGCUUUAUCGCAAGCUUGUUAUUUACGAUGCGUCGACGCGUGCUAUUCGAACCCAGGCUCGUAUGGUAAUCUCGCUUCAGUAGACUACUGCGUCUUCCACGCGCCCUACAACAAGCUGGUGAGGAAGGCCCACGCGCGGCUAGCGCUGAGAGAUUCGAAUGAUCGGCCGAGGAACUGGUGCGUUGCUGGCGACGUCGCGUACGAGCAGUCGCUCGUGGACAAAGGUUUGGACGCGUCGCUGCGGAAGGCGUCGGCAGAUGAUUAUGACAAACGUGUCGCUCCCUCCACGGAAGCACCGAGACAUAUCGGCAACUGCUACACGGCUUCGGUAUUUUUUGGCUUGGUGUCGCUCGUCGCUUCCUCAGAUCUCGAGGGGAAGCGUAUCCUGAUGUUCUCCUACGGUUCUGGUGCCGUCGCGUCGAUGUACGUGCUCAAGGGGCGUUCUGGCAAAAUAGCGCUUUCAUCAAUACGGUCCACGGUCGAUCUGUCAGCGAGGCUGUCGAAGCGCGUCGAGCGGUCCGCGGCGGACUUCGCGGGGGCCUGCGACGCGCGCGAGGCGGCGUACGGGGCGGCGCCGCUCGAGCCUAGCGGAGGUGUCCCGCUCGCGGCGGGCGUGUUCUUUUUGCGGUGUAUUGAUGGGCGGCACCGGCGCGAGUACGGGCGGACUGCUUAGGGUAUUAAGUCAUCAC